AUGUGGGACAUUGUUGCCAUGACUUUUUGGCUGGUGUUUGUAAAGAAGAAUAACAUAUUCAUGAGCCCAGUUCUUCUUCGAAAAAACCCUGACUUGAUCAAAACCACAAAAGAAGGAUCCUUGUCACAAAGUCAACUGCGGAAUGUCAUUAGACCUGCCAUUUUACAACCCCCACAAGCCCUGACCCAUCCUGAAGAUGCUGUAGUAUCUCUAGUAACUAAGAAAGAAGCACAUGUUCAGCUAUCUGAAGACAGCUCUUAUUCCUCAGCUGAGAGUUCAGUAAGUUCCAAAACAGCAGUGAGGUCAUCUACUACCAUGAAUCUUUCUAGCUCUAAAACAACACAAAGUCAGCUGUUCAAAGACAGAACUGUACAAAACAGCAGCAAUUCUGAUUUUGUAUUUGGAGAAAAUAUGGUUGAGAGAGUUUUGAGUCCAGAAAAGCAUCCCAAAUCGUGUGAGGAAGCUGAUUCAUACAAAGGAGAAAUAACAUCUGUGUACAUAGAAUCUUUUCAUGUCAGCCCACAAACAAGAACAGCUUUGUUGAGGAAUGCAACACUAAUUGAAUCAGCAGCUGCUGGUAUUUCCAAGCCAGUGGAGAAAAUUCUGUUAGAUAAAGUUGAAGUUAUAACUGGAGAAGAAGCAGAACAAAAUGUGUUGCAGAUCAACUGCAAGCUGUUUUUAUUUAAUAAGCUUUCUUUAACCUGGAUUGAAAGAGGCAGAGGAUCACUGAGGCUUAAUGACACUUCUAGAAAUAAGCGUGGAAUGUUGCAGUCAAGGCUGAUUAUGCGAAAUCAAGGCAGCUUGAGACUGAUUCUCAACACCCGACUCUGGGAUCAAAUGGUUAUACAAAGAGCAAACAGAACAAGCCUGUGCUUCACUGCAACAGACCAAGAGAACCAUUCUGUUCAAGUAUUUCUAAUUCAGGCAAGCUCAAAAGACACUGGAUACCUGUAUGCAGCAAUACAUCACCGCCUCGUGGCAUUGCGAAGCUUUGCUGAGCAAGAGCCAGAUGCUAAUCAAGUUGACACAGAGUCAGAAAUAACUUUUCAGCCAUUAAACUGUGAUAGCGAUGAUGAAGAUGAUGGAAAAACAACUCAAGUGAGCAGCAGUGGAUCUGCCAAGAAUGUCAAUACUUGGCAUGAAGAUGUCUGCUCUGUAGGACUGUCAGACUUGCUCUUGGUUGUUGAAAGUGGAGAGCGGCCUGCCAAACCCUUUUCUUUUGGAAGGAUGACUGUGACAAUUCUUGCCUUGAAGGGAUCUAACUAUGCUGGUCUGCUGGAGCGGCAUCGCAUUCAUACAAAAAACGUGGAGCAUGUUGUAGACAGUUUACGGAAUGAGAAGAUAGAAGUUCGUCUUGUUAAACGUCGAGAAUAUAAUGAAGAGACAGUUCGGUGGGCAGAUGCUGUUAUAUCAGCAGGAGACAGGAAAGAAUAUCAGUAUCUGAAGAAACCAGUGACACUUAAAGAUUUCUACUUCAGCAGUUUUAAUCUCAGACUUCUUUUCCAAGCAUGCCUAUUUGGGGCCAAAUAA